CAACCCCUUAACUACGUAAUCCCUAACAAAGCGGGGAAUAGAACGUAAGCAGAAAAACGUAAGCCAGAGUUGCGUAUACGUAACAUGCCACAAGUGUGACUCUCUCGUGUUGUCACUCUAUUUUCGUUCGAGGAAGCAUUACUGCACGUGUUGAAAGUAGCUCGGCAUAGCGGCACAGAGGCAGAGAGAGAGAGGAAAGGCGGUAGAGAGAGAUAGGGAGACAGGGGGCGCACGAGAGAGAAACCCCGAUUGGUGCUAGGGGAUGAGGGUGGCUAAUUCUCCCGCUGCUUCCCGGGUAUAAAUACGGGCUUCCUGCUGGCUGGGUUCCUCAGUCGAACGACAGCCCUCCUGGAGUUCACAUCCUGGAAAAGCAGAAAAACUCCGGAAAGCCGACCGAACUGUGAAGUAACAAUUUCGACGUAAUUUUUGGCCAGACACCUCCACCCGAAAACAUGGCAGUCCCGUUCUACGAAGAUGAGCACGUCUCGAAGUCUGAACCGAGUGGUGACCAGGUGGAUAGCCCCAUGGCUUACUCCAUCGAUCCUGGUCACGAUCAAGUGGACUUCGAAGGACCUCCUCCACCUCCUGCACAGGCGGAGACAGCCGCCGGAACAGGAGCAACAAGUGAGCCGGAGGCGCCUGCUGCAGCGCCGAGUGCCGAGGAACAACUACUGGCCUGGAAAAUCCUGGCACUCACCAUGUGCAAGGUCCUGAAGCAGUUCUACCAACAGCACAAGCAGCAGGCGGGAAAAUCCAGUAAACUAAGUGCCACCGUUCAGAUCCAGCCGCAGGCGCAGUAAAAAUGCAAAUCGAAGAGGACGAGGCGCCAACUAAAGCUCCUAAAAGCGCAACUUGUGAUUACUUUACGUUGGUGAGAACUAGCGCAGCCCCCCAAGAGCCCUGGAGGAGAAAGCGGAGAACGAGAGAGAGGCGAGACAGUGACAGAGAAAUGUGAAUCAAUUUCCCAAGGAAAACCCCAUAAAAAUUAAUAUUUUUUAUACUCGUACUUUCUUUGAUGGAGAUUUUACCCGCCCAUUGUAUCUUUAUUGCCGUCGCGACUUUAACUUAAAACACUUUGGAUAAGCGCAAAUGUGAUAAAUGAUUUUGCUAAAAAUA